GCAGGAGGCACAGACCAGGGAGGCAGCUGAAAUGUGGCCAGACAGGUCUGAUGGGAAUGCAAAGACAGAGAGAGAGAGAGGCAGAGAGAGACAGAAGGCAGGGAAGGUUGCUGAGUGACUGACAAGCCUGUCAACCAGGUGGAGUUAGUAGCAGUCUGACAGGAAUUAUCACAAUGACAUAGCUGUGUUUGUGUUACCAAGUGUGGAACCGGAUUGCACCUGAUCUUUUCACAGAAGGAGAGGCAACCUUAGGGUCCUGUGGACUCCCCACGACCACCACUAGGACCAGACUUGACAGAGUGGAAUUUCCCUCCUCUUCCCUGGCUGGAGCCGGGGGCAGAUGGUCGCUCUGAGAGUUUGAGCAGAACUCAGGAAGGAGCAGCGAGAGGAAGGGUGGGAGGAGGUCCAGAGAGGGAGAGGAAGAGAAACGAGGAGUGGACAGAAGAGGAGACAUGCAUCGGUACGCUUCAGGACGAACUGUUUCCACCACCACCACCACAACAGAGGACUCUCCAGAGUCUACAAGUGAGAGGAGGAUCAGACGCCUCCGGUUAACUCUACACGCUGGAGAUAAUGGAAACAAGGAGCCCAAAACCUCAAACUCAGACACAGCUGAGAAAGAGAAGGCUGUCAAUGGGGCAUGGAAGAAGAAGAAUGGGCUGAUCCAAAGAGAGAGGCCAGCUGGCAGGGAGUCACCUCAGCAGCACCUCGGAGAUAUGACCAAUGGGGUGCCAGAGACCUCGCUGCAGCAUCAUGGGCCCAAAGUGUAUGGCGUAGUGCAGCGGAUGGGUUCGGACAGACAGCAGGAGGUGAUGGCACGCGAGUGGGCGGCCAGUCACCUUCAGGAUGAGAUGAAGUACAUCAGGGAGGUGAGAGAUUCUUUGGAGAAGGUGAGAGAGCGGAUGUACGGGCAGUUCGGAGGAAUGCAGCAAUCAAUGCAGAAGCUUUCGCAGGAAAUCAGGGCUGCCAAUUCACAUCGCAGGAGUCUGGAGUCAGAGGUGAGGGUCCGGACGGCAGCCAUGGAGAGCUUCGAUCAGAUGAACAGCUCCCUCAUAUCUUCCAACAUCAGCCUGCAGAAAUCCCUUCUGGAGAACUGUCAGAGAAGGGUCGGCGUGAAAGAUGAGGUGAAGAGUUUGCGGAGCACCUGUGAGAAAACACAACAAGAACUCAGAGAAAAGGAGAAGGAGCUGGCAGCAGCGCAGGUUGAAAACCAGUCUUUGAAACUGCAGGUGGAGUCUGCACAGGAGGCUCACAAUCAGGCGAUGCAGAAGCUCUCAGAAAAGCUACAGCGGGAGUACGACGAGAAGCUGCAGGAGGAACAACGGAAACACAGGGAGGAGAUUGAAAAGCUACAGGCCCAACUCGAUGAGUACAUCAGGCGACUGGAGGAAGCAGAGAGAAACAUCAGGAUUGCAGAGGCCAAGAUUGAGGAGAGGGACCAGAGGAUUAUUGAACUGGAUCGUCUGCUGGACUGUAUGGGAAAGGAAAAAAGUCAGCUCUGCAAGAAGCUGCAGGAAUGUGAACAGCGCCUACGCUUGCUGGAGCUGACAGACCAGACCGAUGCAAGUGUAGUCAAAAAGUCCAAAGAGUUGCAAGCUGAAUCUGUGGAUCUCCGUGAGAGAAUCAAACACUUGAACGACAUGGUGUUCUGCCAACAGAGGAAAGUCAAAGGAAUGAUUGAGGAGGUUCAAUCACUGCGAGCUCAAGUUGCUCAGAAGGACAUGUUCAUCUCAGAGCUCCUGGACAGAAUCGCGAUAGUGGAGUGUGAGAAUAAUGAAUUAGAAGACAAGCUCAAGUAUUUUAUGUCCACACAGAAUAGGCCCCAUGAGGAAACCAGGGAGGUAGGAGUAGGCUGCGAUCUGCUCCUCAGCCAAGAAGCUAAAAGGCAUGAUGUUGAGCCUACCUGUCAUGAAUCAACUCAUCUCCAUACCAUACAAGAACUACCACCUGCUCCACCUCCACCACCACCAGUGAAACCUUCACAAUCCACUCUACCUCCACCCUCCACACAACCUCCACCCCCCUCACAACCUACAUCCCCCACACCACCUCUAUCUCCCCCACCACCACUAUCUCCCCCACCACCACUAUCUCCCCCACCACCUCUAUCUCCCACCCAACCUCUAUCUCCUAUUCAACCUUCAUCCCCAAUACAACCUGCAUUCCCAAUACAACCAUCCUCCCCGAUACAACCUGCAUUCCCAAUACAACCUGCAUUCCCGAUACAACCUUCAUCUCCCACACAACCUUCACCCCCUACAUCUCCCACUCAAAGUCCAUUCCACUAUCUAACAAUGCCCACCCAACCAAGGACGUUCAAGUCUAACAACCCUCCACCCAGCAGGCUGGAGUCCAGUUUACUGAGGUACACUCCUGUCCAAUACAGCCGCUUCCUGCAGUCCAACCCCUCAGUAUCAAGUGGGAUGUUUCCCUACAUCCGCCCGUCUGACUCGCCUCCUGCGAAUCCAGUCCAGUCAGGGACAGAUGAGGUGGACGCGGAAACAAACACAGACACACGAUCAAGUUCUGAGGAAUCCACGUCUUCCCUGUCCUCUCUGCGACCAAGAUCAAGAGUACCUCAGGUUUAUACGCCGUUCAUGAAACUUAUGGAAAUAACAGCAAACAUAAACAUAGAGUGAUUAUGAAGUUAAAGCUAUACAUUUUGGGGAAUACAUUUAUUUGCUUUCUUGUUGAGACAUGAGAAAUGGGAAGGUUGAUACCACGCUAGUUGUGGGGGGUAACUAUGAAGCUAGCAGUUGGGUAGCUUAGCUUAGAAUCAAGACUGAAAACAGGGGGAAAGAGCUAACCUGCAGGCUUGUCCGAAAUUAAAAGUGUGUGUUUUUUUAUUUGUAAUUGCGUUCAAACUGGAUUAAAAAACACAACAAUUCUAGUGACCUGUGCAAAUUCAAAUAUACAUUAUAUAAGCACAACACCACACCAUUUGCAGAGCAAAGGCGUACUCUUGCAAUUCACUAUCAGCUCAUUAACCUAUCAAUAAACAGCCAAGAGAUAACGAGAAGGGCACUCAACACGCAGACCUACACCAAGGCCAAAUGCCAUAUCUCACAAUAUAAACAGAAGUAAAAAAUAAUUUGUGUAGCUGCACCUUGAUUAGGAUCCUCUCCAAAAUUGAAUGGGUUCUUCCUUAACUCAUGCUACACCCCUCCACCAAGACAAGCAAACCGAACUGGAAACAUAACCCCCUUGGUUGAGGUAAAAAUGGAGGACACUGGUGAGCAAAGCCAUGCUGACCAGAUAAUCACAGCACCUAAUUACCUAAAAAGCAGCUUGUUGACAUAUUUUGGGUUCUGCACCAUAAUUGGCAAAAUUACCAGGAAGUGUUUACAAACAUUUUCAAAGCCUGCUCCACAAUUACAACACAUCUGCGGACUCACUUGCUAGCUGCAACCCAAGUGGCAGUGGAGGCACCAGAAACGAUUGGAGCAACAUCUGCUGUUCAACCUCGGCUGACUGCCUGCUUUCACCACACAUGCUCAGGACCCUCACCAGGAGCUUGUAAAAAGGCUGGCACUGAUAAAAUAGCAAGAUUUACAUGCAAGGAUUUAUGGCCCAUUGGUACUGUUUGGGGUUAAGAUUUUUUUUAUUAUACUGACAGAGCAGGAGUUGUUUUUCCUUUUCUUUUAUUUGUCAAUCCACAAAGUUAACCAACUGACAGUUAAAAUGUACCUCUUCGCACAUUAGUUUCAAGUCUCACCACAAUUUCAAGACACAUAGUGGGGAUGCAUUACACUAUAUGGGUGCGUUUGAAAUAUGUCAAACUACUUAUGUGGUAGAUUUAAUUGUUCUGAAAUUGACUUUCUGAAAAAGUUGGCAGGUCUACUUCCUACAAGCAACACAAAAAGUCGAUAGGAGAAAUAUAACUGAAAGAAAUUUCCCAUUCUAUGAGAUUAUGGGAGCAACCAGUGGUGUGAUGGGAGUUGACGAGGCGUGUGUGCUACUAGGUAGACUGGUAGGUUACCUAAGAGAGGGUGGGUAAACCGUCCUGUAUAUUCUGAUGGCUAUUUUUCUGAUAGAUGGGUUUCUUAUAAAUGGCCAGAAAAAGAGGUGGGUAUACCCCAUAUACCUGCAUAUAUCCUCCACUACACCACAGGGAGCAAACGUGGAGACAUGAGUCACUGAUCCCAACAAAAAAAGUGCUGUCCUGAACCCCUCACUAAACGGCAAAUUGAUGUUUUAGACUUAAGUUUUUUUUACAAAUACAAAACUAAAAAAGAAAUUAGUGAGCUUUGGUGCUGGUAGGCCAAUUUUGAUACUCUUGGAUUGGAACAGCCCACUAAUUUCCCGUUUCCAAUCCUUAUGCACUUUAUGCUAAGCUAAACUACAUGUAGCUGCAGUAAGCUUAGCAUAAAGCUAAUCUGUAAGUGUGUUGCUGCGUUCAAAGCAACCUAACUGCAGUUACAUAUUUAGCAAACAGUCAGUGGUAUUUAUCCUCUCUUCUAACUCUGAGCAAGAAAUCAUAUACGUGUAAUUCCCAAAAUGUUGAACAAUUGCUUUAAAACCCAGUUCUCUUUGUCUUCUUUUGGACUGCUGGUUAUCUUUAUUAAACUAACCAUCCAUGACACAGAUGUAUAUGAGUCCUUCCUUUGUCACAUGUGUUGAACAACAUGAAACUGAUUGAUGUAAAAAGUCUUAUGUAGGUUUUCAGCGUAGCACUAUGAUAAUAAAAUGUUGCUUGCUAUAGGGUGUAAAUAAUCUCUGUAAAGCUCUAAGCUCUGUAAAAAUAUUUUGUAAGUAAUGUACCGAAGGAUUAUAUUUGUUUUGUUUACAGUGAAUGUAGCCUACUUAUGUUGCUCACAGAGCUAUGAGCAUUCAGUCCUACAUGAAGGAUGUUACAGUUACUGUAUGUAUGUUCCCAUCGUUUUUUUAUUGGCUCUGUACAAAUUAAAUGAAUAUUAUUUUGUUACUGUCACAAUAUGUACAAAAUAUUUAUUAACAUGCUUUGUGCCUUUGUAUACAGCCUACUGUCUGAUACUGGUGGUGGGAGUGAAUCGCUUUGAAUUGGCAACAGGGUAAUAUAGUAAUAUAAGUAAAUUUCUCAGUUAUUGAUGAAACUGUUCAAUCACUUUAAAGAUAUUGACCUUAUUGAAGUGACUGCCAUUCCUGAGCCACAGGCACAAGUAUUAUCCAGCUGUUAUCUGCACUGCCAUGACUGUAUUUGAAAAAGCUUUAUGAUGUGCCUUUUCCUUAACGAUACAUAUCAUACUGCAACUAAUGGUAAGAGGCCAGUGUAUGUUUGGAUAAUAAAGACUUUACUAUAUAA